ACCCCCACUCCAGUCCCCUAGCGCGCGCCCGUGCUCCUGCCAGGAGGGGGAAGGGGAGAGGGCGCAGCAGCUCCUGGCCCGCCCCCCGCCCGCCCACCAGCUAAGGGCGCUUCUGCCAGCGCGGGGCCGGAGUAGCCUCGGCGGUUGGAACCCUGGGGCCGAAGCUGCCACAGCCGGUAACAGCCGCGGCCGCGGGAGACAAACCAAGCCGAGCCUCCCUCUGCGGGUGAGGGCGGGGGGCUUCGCCCCGGACUGGGGCCUGCCGCCCCCUCGCCCUUAGCCCAGCCCUCCUCGGUCCGGCCCUCGGGUGGGGCAGGUGGAGGGAGCCAAAGGUAGGACCCUACCUCCGAAGCCCCCGGGGGCGAAGGUGCCGCUGCUGCCCAGGCUCCCGAGCAGGAGGCGGGGAUGUGCAGGGCGAGGGUCACGUCGUAAGUCCCAGACUAGAGCCGGAGGCGAUUCCCCGGUACUAGUAGCUGCACAUACAAACCUAGUGUGGCCAGGGAAAUUGAGCUAUUUCAGAAUCAUGGGAGUGUUGAUGUCUAAACGGCAGACUGUGGAGCAGGUUCAGAAGGUGAGCCUGGCUGUGUCAGCUUUCAAGGAUGGGCUACGGGAUAGACCUUCUCUCCGGCGCACAGGUGAAUCAGCUGGGUCUCGGAGGGGAACUGUAGAACACUCUGUCCAGGAAAUACAAGAGGAGGAUGAUCCAGAGACUGGUGCUGCUGUCCCCCGGGAAGAGAACAGCAUCAACAAAGCAGCCUGGGAACGGCUAAGGGAUGGCCGUGGGGUAGAACCUGAGGAGUUUGAUCGUGCCAAUCGCUUCACACCACCUGCCUUUAUCCGACCCAUUCGGGAGCUACAUGAUGACAAGCCACUUGAUAUCUGCUUGGAACCCAGAGAAUCUGUCAUCAAUGAUGAGAUGUGUGAGAUUUGUGAGGUAUGGACUGCUGAGAGUCUCUUCCCAUGUCGGAUCUGUACCAGGGUUUUUCAUGAUGGCUGCUUGCGACGCAUGGGCUACUUACAAGGAGACAGUGCAGUGGAAGUGACCGAAAUGGCACACACUGAAACAGGCUGGAGCUGUUACUAUUGUAACAACCUCAACCUGCUUCUCACAGAAGAAGAGAUGUACAGCCUCAUGGAGACCUUCCAGCAAUGCAAAAUUAUUCCCGAUUGUUCCUUGACACUGGAGGAUUUCCUGCGCUACCACCAUCAGGCAGCAAGGCGAGGAGGAAGUGAAAGAGCACUGAGUGAAGAGCAAGAAGAGAAGGCAGCUCAACAAUUUGCUGCCCUUGAUCCUGAGCACCGGGGCCAUGUUGAGUGGCCUGACUUCUUGUCCCAUGAGUCCCUCCGACUACUGCAGAAACUUCGUCCACAGAACUCUCUGUUAAGGCUACUGACAGUUAAGGAGCGGGAACGAGCUCGGACAGCCUUCUUAGCCAGAGGCAUCGGGGGUUAUAUCAGUGAAACUGAAUGUCAUCUUGCCCAACACACUUGGUUCCGAAAACGACCCUUGGAGGCUCCAUCUUGCAAUGUUAGUAUCAGCCAUGUGGGACCCAUGUCAGAAAGCAGCCCAGCCAGCAACAGCAGUGCCAAGAGCCAGGAGAAGCCCCUGCAGACAGCUGAACAGGAGGAACCCAGGUCUGUGGAUUGGCCCACCUUCUUGAAGGAGAAUGUCAUCUACAUCCUUGCUGCCCGCCCCAAUAGUGCUGCCAUUCACCUGAAACCCCUAGGGUAGAGUCUUUAGAAGUAGGGGUAGCCCUAGCUGGGCCAGUGUGGGGUCACCUCCUUCCCCAGCACUUGACACUGAAAAAGACUGGGAGGGGGGAGACCCCAGUAUCUUUGUUACUAAGCUUUGCCACAGGGGAUCUAGUAACUUCUCCUUUCAUAGGAAAGGUAGCAAGUACAUAGCCUAGGGGAGAGGUUCUGGGAGAAGAGGCAAUACUCCCUAUACCCCUAACAGCUCUGUCUGUUGCUAGCAAAAAAAAGAAAAGGAUCCCUCCCCCAGUGUUCCUUCCUCAUCUAAACCAGUGUCACGGAUAGGAUAAUUCAAGAUUCUUUACCCCUCUAAACUUGCUAGAAGUUUGGUUUCUAAUUAGUUGAGAAAGGAUCAAACUUCAUUGGUUUUAUAGAUCAUUAUAGAUGAAAGAAACCUAAGUGGUCACCUAGUGCAACUCUCUCAUUUUAUAGAUGGGGAAAAUGAGGUCCAGAGAAGUUCUGACUUGCCUAAGGUCACACGGUGGGUGAGUGGCAGAACCAGAAAGAGAAGCCAGGUUUCCUGACUCCUAGUCCUGUCCCUCUACAAAAACUCCCUAGAUUUGUCUUGGGGCAGGGGGAGCGGGGUGCCUCUUCUUUCCACAGUUAGCCAGACAUCUAAUUUCUAAUUGAUCAGAAAGGACCAUGGUCCUUUACCUCCAUAGUUCUUUGAAAUUCUUAUUUCUAAUUGGCUAAGGUAAAACCAGCCUACCACAUCCACCCUUUACUAGCCUGUAAACUCCUGAGUCCAAUCAGGAAAAUGGUAUCCUCUCAUGCAAAAUCAAUAGAAUUCUGAUUAGGUUUUGAAAUGAAGCUGGUAACUCUAGAUAAGGCUAUACUAAGUUGUCAUUGUAUUGUAAGUAGAUUACAGUGCUGGCUGCCUGGAACCAAAGGCCUGAUUGAGUGGGCAUUAUAGACAACCAGCCUCAGGUGCAGUUCAGAGGACCUUACUAGGCAUUAUUCACGUUCUCCCAUCUCCAUCUCAACCAGUUCCUAUAGACAGAGUAAUUGAUAUCCCAUCCUUGUGGAGAAUAAAGGAGUCGUCUUUAGCAUCUCUAGGAAGGGAAAAGGGAUUCCUCCAGAUAAUUAGUACUGCAGGUGAUCUUCCAUAUGUGAGACAUAGUGGGAGAAAAGAGGUUUUAGAACUCGGAAGAGGACUUGGGGUUACCUUGUGCUCUGAGGAACAAAGCUUUUUUGGGGACAUGACUCAGAGAGAGGAAGGCAGCCCCAUCUCUCACUGACACCAAGAUGAAGGCCUCUCAUUGCCCUUCCCACAUAUUCCCAUUAGGCUAGGUAUUACCAUUUUGUGACAUCAUUUCCCCUUCAAACUGCUCAAUUGAGAACUGGGAUCAGCAUGAGGCACUGCAUAGUAUGGAUUGCCUGAAUAUUUAUCCCCCUGGGGUCUGGUAAGAUAGAGGAUGGUGUCUGGUAUACAUGUCUAGUACUCCUUUAACUUUAAAUCUGGCCUGGUUUAAGAAAGCUCAGAUGCAUAACCCUUAGUGAACUAAAGUACAAAUAAGAGCCUUAGACUGCCACCCAAGACAGUAUGGCCUGUCCCCAUGCCCCAGCAGUGUGAAUGCUGGUCUUCAGGCAGAGCAAAAAUGAAAGGAACCCCUCUUCAUUUUCACAAAGUCCUUUCUAUAGCUGUUAAAAGAUAGAAGCCUCAUGCUAAUGCCCAAAUAGAUACAAUAGAUUCAGAGAGGGAAGGUUACUGAACUAGGGAGCAAAUUUCCUGGCUUCUGUUUCUUAUUCUGCUACUAAUUCACAGAGACUUUUGAUUAGGUAAAUUCAACUCUCAUUCAAUGCCUUAGUUUCUCUGCCUACAGAAUCUGGAGAAGAAUGAGCUCUGUCAUAUGUAAGCCCAAAUUUCCCUGAAAGUGCUGAAGAGAAGUUCCUUGGCAACCUCUUAUCAAUCAAAUGGAGAAAUAGGACCCAGUGUUUUUGAUGGACUUUGAGAUCCUCAGCAUCACUGACAAUGAGCUGAGCCCAGAAUUGAACAGGAGAAGGAGAAUGGGCUAGAUUGAUUUUGUGAAAUUGCACCAUGCUUUUAAGGACUCCAAAUUUCUCAUUAAAACAAUGGCCCAUCUUUUUUAACAUUCUUCUUCCAAUGGUAUCUGUUGUAUGGCUUCAAGUCAUGGUAUACCACAGUCUCUGAAGAAUUAAAAUCCCCCAAAAGGCAAUAAAGUGGCAUAGGGUGGGCAUGAGUAGAAUACAAUAUGUAAGCAAUCAAGAAAAAGAGUACAAUAAAGGAUAUCAUCAGAUUUAUGAUUAGAAAAGAAGAUGGACUUGUCAUGGCCUCUGCAAGGACAAGAAGUCAGGUGGCAUCCAUGCCAGUGUAAGAAGAACGAGAAGUCCUCCAGCACUUUAGGUGGACUCCCUGUGGCAGAUUUAUGGGAGAAUAUGGACAAGAAGUGCACGAGAUUACAGGGCAUGAAUGGGUUUCUACCUACAUUUUUGGAGGGAGUAUCCAUAUUGAUAAGAUCACAGGUCCAGUGAAAUACUGAGAUUCUCAAAGGAAUGUCACAGUACAUGCAAUGAAGUCAUGGAAAUUGGUGGUCCAUAAAACUAAGGAAUCAACCUGGAGAAAUAACAAAUAAACCCAAGAUCAGAGUGGAACCCACUUGUGGUUCUGAGAAUUUCACAAACUAUAGCUACUUGCAAAGGUUCCUCUACUGUGCUCAAAACGUUGACUGAUGCUAAAGGUUCUGGUCAAUCCCAUCAAAAAGGAAAAAGAAAAUAAGCCUUUUUCUCUCAUUCAUGAUGGCAUCAACGACAUUGAAUUCCAUCAUAAGCUCUUGUCCCAAGAAGCAUUUAUACUCUUUUUCACUGCAUGUCAAGUCAAAGGCCUAGGAGAUCCCUAAAGAAUGGUCCUCUCCAAGAUCUGAUUUCCACAAGGUAAUUCCAGGAGGCACACACUUUGAUGCUUCAAAGACUUAAGGGAACUCCUCCUCUUCUGGACUCACGGAAUUUAAUGGCCUUUAUGAAUUACCAGGACUAUGAAUCUAGGCUCUUGUUCAUUUAUUCUGUUUAGAUGAAAACUGAUGCCAAAAAGGGCCACAGCCCUAUGUCUUCAGUAUGAGGGGAAAAUUGUGUAGGACACACCUUGCAAGGUAGGCACAUCAUAUGGCCAUCCAAGCAGAACUGGCUGUCUGGUGUGCUUGACUAUGUCUGAAAACUUGGUGCUCUUGUGAGGUUUAGGUGGGUUCCUCUUCCACUUCUCAAGGGAAGCAAAGGAAAGCAUUAAGCCUUUUCCCUCUAUGUGAUGGGGUUGAGGCACAAAAGAAUAUAAUAGAAAUGGAUCUUUAUUUGGGAACCAGAUUCCCUAUACUGGAAGGAACCUUGAAAUGUCCAUCUUUCUUGCCUCUGGGCAAGGCUAGACAGAUGGCUAGCUCUCCUAUUUUUCAUAAACACAUGCCAUUAGCCAGUGAUGGAGAUUCCAGAGCUCUACCUUAGUAAUUCAUUGUUCAAAAUCCUUUGUCAUAAAUUCUGUACUGUCUUCUGCAGUUUGUUUCCUUCUGGUGUCUCACUGAGGAGUUGUAUAAAAAACUGUCCCUUCUGUAAAAAUCUUGGAAUAUUCGAACACUCCAAUAUGUUCUUAAAUAAUCCCCCUUUAACUUUUCCUCCUAGGUCAUCCUAAGACCUUUCAAUUAUGAUAUUACUCUAAAUUCUCUCAAAUCUCAACAUAGAUGUCCUCCCCUAGUAAAGGGCCUCGGUUUCUUCUCAUUGACUUACGCAAUAAGAUCCUAAUGCUUCUCCCCACCUUCUUCCUUCUCCUGAGGGGAGACAUUGACUUUAUAUCAAACAUCUUUGGAGAAGACUACUUACCCUAGAAUUGCUCAUCACCCAUUAGGCUGUCUCCUUAAAACCGGAUUAAAAUUGUGUAGCCCCCAGGUUGGAUGAAAAAGGAAGGCCUGGAGGAGAAUACCUGCUAUGGAGAAGCAGCAGCCACCACCAACAGUGAGGUACUGAUUGCACUUUGGGGCCAUUCCUAUUUCCUCUGUGGUCUCCUUGCCUGCCUGUUUUCUUUUAACAUUGAGGAACUGGUUCUAGAAAAUUAUCUGAACACACUGAAAGCUAAUCCUGGAUUCUUGAGCAAUAUUAAUAUUUGAGAUUCAAGAAGAGGCCUCAUCCCCUAGACACCAAAAUCACUCUCAAGGGUUCAUCUCUAUUUUGACUUCAACUCCACACAAAAGUAUUUUACCAGUGGAAAUGAUGAGCACACAUACAAACACAACAAAUACACUGCCUUCUCCCUCCACCCAGUGUGACUGAAGGUGGUGAGUGAUUUCUGUUCAGAUGCACUUGUCUUGCUAAGUUUCUC